AUGCCUAAAUCCGAGUCGUGGCUGUUGACGCUCGCCCUUUUCAUCAGCAAUUACGCGAUCCAAUUCCGCGACUGGCCGCAGUUCGUCCCGCCCGGCACCCGCUUUCCGCCCAUCGAAUUCUAUUUUAAGGGAUACCCGGGAACCCGUCAAAUUUAUCCGCUCCCUCCACCCGCUCCGCCCCCUCCCGCGUCCGGUAUUUUCGGGGAUACUGCUACCCAGAAGAAGCCGAAAACGUCCACCCGCCAGCCCUCCCGAAUUUCGGAGACCAAUUUCCCGCCCGCCGCCUCGGCGGCCCUCGGCAAAAGUGGGUGGAGCUGGGCGGGCGAA